ACUGCUAAAAUAAACGUCAAAUUCUUGAAUGGAUCGCACGGAGAUAAUUAUUCUUUUGACGGGAUAGGUGGCGUCUUGGGGCAUGCUUACUACCCUCCAAAUGGCAAUGUUCAUUUUGAUGCAGCUGAAGUUUGGAGCCAAGGAACAAAUUUAGGAAUCAGUCUCAAAUGGGUGGCCGUUCACGAGUUUGGACACGUUCUAGGGCUGGCCCAUUCCAACAUCAGCACGUCCAUCAUGUUUCCGUACUAUCCAGGUUACAGAGAUAACUUCUCUCUGAGUUUAGACGACAUCAAUGCAAUUAAAAUGUUGUAU